GAAACUGAAAGAAACAAGAACGUGAUUUCGGUAGGAAAGCGUUUUCAGUGUCUCUCAUUUUACUACAAUUUAUGGUAUGCUGAUAUUGGGCAUGAGUGUUUAAAAUGUAUUAAGAGAAUGCUUACUUAGAUCGGUAGAGUUCACAACAAAGUACCUGUGUUGACAAUAAAAAGCCAUUUUUGUGUCAAUUUCUUUCGUGUCAAGACAAGUAUGGAUAAACUAAGGCGAGCGUUAAGUGGAGAUGAAGCAGAAGAGGAGAGUGGAAUUAUGCCUCAGCUGAUGGACGCCACGACCCUCAGCUGGUCCACGAGGAUCAAGGGGUUCAUCAUCUGCUUCGUGUGCGGCAUCCUCUGCUCCCUGCUGGGCUCCUUGUCGCUCUUCCUCGGCAAGGGGCUGGUCCUGUUCGGCGUCUUCUACACGCUCGGCAACCUCAUAUCCAUGGCCAGCACGUGCUUCCUCAUGGGCCCGGUGAACCAGAUAAAGAAGAUGUUUGCUCCCACGCGAGUCAUCGCCACGAUACUCGUCAUAGUCUUGUUCGGGUUGACACUUUUUGCAGCUAUCGGGCUGCACAAAGCAGGGUUGACGCUGCUGUUCAUCAUCAUGCAGUGCCUGGCAAUGACGUGGUACUCUCUCUCGUACAUCCCGUACGCUCGUGACGCGGUCAGGAAGACUGUGUCAGCGUGCAUCGCCUAGGUGGCGACGAUUCAGUUCUGUUUGGAGUUGAUCAUCUAGAGUCAUGUAACAUUCACCUCUGGUGACGUCACUAAGUUAUACUGCGUGGUGGGGCCCUGUAUUUCGUUGGGUAUUAAGCGAGAUGUCUUUUACCCACCUUGCUACUCUUCGCGGCGACAUCCCAACAGUUUUUUUUCUUCUGUGGUUCUCAAUUUGUCAAGGAUGUGAUUUUUGGCUGAGCCGAAAUUAUUAAUGUGCUGUACCUGGAUGUGUUCUUUGUCCGUGGUUCCUACCUUCACAGGUCACAUUUCCGUGCUGUUUGAAAAUUGGAAUGUUAGUGCUGACUUCCUGUGAAGGUGAGCCAUUGUGUAACUCUUUCUUGAAUUCCACUCAACAAAUAUUGAUUUUCCUGCCUUUGAAUGUAUUUUUCUAAACGUGACUUUUACGUGUAAAACACAUAUGCCUGUCUUCCUCCAAAUGUCGAACUGUUUGUGUGCUGACAUGACUUCUCAAGAGCUCUUGUCUUGGGAGGUGCUAUUUUUUUUUUUUUUUGCAGCUCAUGUGUGAUGUAUGUAAGUGUCUAGUUGGGUCCUAAACAUCAUUGUUUAUGUGCUUGUGUAUGGGUAGUUCCAUGUUAUUAAAUGUCUGUACCUUUGUUUAUGUAAAUUUCUAUAGUGGGUGUUAUAACGGGCAUAAGUCUUGCGGAAAUCCAGUCAACUUGUGCCCUUCAUACUGCACACUAAAGAUUUGUUCCACGAGAAGAGAAGGUAUUGUCAAUUGACGCUAGAAAAUUGUCAUUACUGUGUGAUAUGAUAUUAGUUGAUUCUUGAUGCAGAACUUGAGAUGGAGUAUCAUGUUCAGUCAUUUGAACGCUUAAGCAAAUGAAUAUUCAACCUCGUGGCAAAAAAAUUGGUUUCUUUAGAGGUUGUUCUGAAUUGAUUAAGAGAGCAUUUUAUUUUGUAGUGUCAGACUGUAUAAAGACCAAUGAAUCAAUGAGGACUGAUAAAAAAAUUUUUAUUUCUGUAUGUGAAAAUUUGAUGUCUAAAGUGGAUAAGACAUUUUCUAAUUAACUUGUUUCAUCAAUCAAACUUAAAAACAACCAAUAAAGAUUGGUGCUCAUUUUAUUAACCAUAUGCAAGUGUGAAAAAGAGAAUGUAUUGUUUUUAAAGCAUGUUUGUAAUUCAGAAUAAUAUAAAUAGUGUAUGUAAAAGAAGAAUGUAUGUUAUUAAAAGUAUAAAUUAUUUCAUGCAAAGUUACUUUUAAAUGUUUUUGGUCAAAUUCACAUUACGAAAAGUACUUGCUUGUUAUGUAAGUUCUUGCUAGGAACAUCUCUCGUUUUGCAGACUUUUUAUCGUUUAAUUUUCUUACUCUUAAGUAAUUGGUCCGACUCUACAAAAUAAUUUUGUAAGCAUUUUUCAGCCUAGUAAGUGAUUUUUCUUUCAUAAACAUCUGAUAAGGUUAAUGCAUCAUUGUAUUUAUAGCUAUACUCCACUAUAAAGAACACCUCAAAACAACAUUCAGUUAAUGUACUUUAGCAAAUUUAAGGCUUACCCUUGGAAAAAACAGUUUAAAAAAAAAAAAUAUAUAUAUAUAUAUAUAUAUAUAUAUAUAUAUAUAUAUAUAUAUAUAUAUAUAUAUGCAUAUUCAUUUUGUGUGAAGUUCAUAAAAAUUAGAAGAAAUAGCACAGUGUAUAAAAUUGCAUUUAGCUUGUUAUGUAUUUAUGUAUUACUACUUUAGUUAUAUAUAGUUAAUGUUUUUUAAUAUUUUAAUAAAAUAAGUUAUUUUGGUUUUUUCCAAAAGGUGCAUUAUUUAAAAAGUAUCUUGGUACAUGAACAACUAAUAAAUUUAAUAAUUGAAUGCAUACAUACUUUAAUGGUCUGUUUGUAUGUAAAUCAAAUGAAAUGUUUCUGCUUUUAAGAUAAAAUUAUUGUAUAGUGUGUAUUAUGGGGGCCUAAAAUCAAUUCUUCCACUAAUAUAUUGUACUUUCUUAAUGGUUUAUUAAAUUCAUGUAGUUUAAAUGUGCCUUACUGUUAGUGUGUGUUGUUUAUAUUUGUGUUCAUGGUGCAGUAUUUGCAACUUUACAGGGCAAAUUUGCAAUACAACGUAAACCAAAAGGAAUUUACCCGUAAUACUUUUGUAUUAAUGUGCCACUGAUUAAGGGGGUAAGAUGUUUAUAGUAAUACUUUCAAAGAUGUGUCACCGUGCCUCUUCUGCAAAAUAUGUACAAUCAUAUGAGGUAGUAUCCACAAUCCAUUGAAAUGAAGUAGAGUUGCACAAAAAAAUUAUCCUAAUAACUAGUUAGUUUCUGUUAUGUUUUGUUCUUAGUUACAUACUAUUUGGCCUAAGUAAUAAUGUUUACAAGCAGUUGCGUAAGCGGAAUUUCAUUUUGGGGGAGGAGGUGUUAGAAGUACCUACUUUGCCCACUGUUUGCAUUCAUAUUCUUUCCUUUUGUUCGUGGGAUUAGAAUUUAGGAUGGGGGGAGGGGAUAUAUAUCAUCCCCAAUUCUCUUCCCCCCACCCUCUACCUGGUUACAAACAGUAACUGUAUUCAAAUGAAGUUUAUGAUGUUGGAAUGUAUAGGUACCAAAAUUGUGAUUACAUUCAGGUUUAAUCUAUUAAUCUAUUAAUGAGGUGUUAAAAUACAAAUUAUGGAACCGGAAAUUAUUUUAUUCCAUAGUUCUUUACUAAUUUUGUGUUGUAAAUGUGUGCGGUACUGCACCAUGCGUAAGUAAAUAUGCUUUCUGGAUAUUCAGAAUACAUACUAUGUCGAGGUGAAUGCAUUUAUCAGAUUCAUGCUUUCUGUGUUUGGAUUUGCUAGGUUUCAAAAAGUUUUUAUUGUCGCAAAUCCAUUUAAAAAAUGAUUGAGGAUUUUACAAUAGAAUGUUUUGAACAUGAAGCAUAAAAAAACCAUCAAAAGAACAGUCCUAUUCAUUUAAGUGAAUCUAGAUAAUAAAAAAAAUUCUUCAGAGAAUCUAAUCCAUGUGCCUUCUUUUGUUUUAAUAAUGUUACAAUAUUUAUGUACCAAUAAACAUUGCUUAGUUACCAUAGUAUAAUCAAUAUAUUAUAAGGAUCCCAUUUUUAAUAUAGACCUGUCUAAUGUGUUUGAUUAAAUUGAUGCUCAAAUGAUUUGGUAAAGAAUAUUACCUCAUUACAAAAUAUUAAGUAGAUCAGAAUCAUGAAGUAAAUGAAUCAAAAUAAUGAAGUAGAUACAGCAUGUAACUGGAUCCUCUGAAAAAUUGAGAGUGCAAACAAAAGUUCAUUUUAAAUUUAAACCAUCACAAUCUGAAACCUGGCAGAACCAUCAUAAGUCAUUGUAACGUGUAUUUAUUUUGUAAACAUUUUUGUAACUUUGGGAAAAAUAUUUUUGUACAGUGUUAGUAUUCUAAUAAAUACAUAUUUUGUUGCAUG